AUGCCGAGCCCGCCCCUCCGAGGGCUGAGUCAGGGUCGGGGCCCUGCCGGGACACGCUCGGGCCGCUGUGACACCCCCGGGCCACGCGGCACCGGCACCGGGACGGGCUCGGCGGUGACGGGGGAGCGUGGGCAGCUCCUGCCUUGCACAAUCCCGCCGGGAUUGCGGCUGGGAAGGAGCGUGGAAGGGCGAGCCGGGGGGAUUUACCCGGCGCUGCUCCGGGAUGCGAACCGGGAGUGGGGCUGGCGCCGCACUGGAAUCACGGAGGGCUGUUCCCCGGUGUCACCCUGCCACGGUGACAAACACAGCCCGGGAGGAGCGACCCUGGUGACAAAGAUCCCUGGUGGCUCCUGGGCUGCCUGGGGCUGGCCCGGGAGGGGACGGAGGUGGCCCGGGGGUGCUCCAGGGUGGGGGGUGGCCGCACUCAGCCCCUCCCGAGUGCCACCCCCUGUUUGUGUCCCCAAAGAUCUGUACACAGCCCCCGACUCGUGCGAGGGACGCUGCGGGGAGCCCUUCAAUGAGGAGGACGAGUGUCACUGUCACCCCGAGUGCGAGGCGGAGCGCAACUGCUGCGAGGACCACGAGAGGCACUGCGGGCCCGGUGGGGAAGGCGCCGAGGGCGGAGCUCGAGCCCGGGACGGAUUCUCCAGCAGCAGCGAUUCCAUCUCAGAGCGGGAGCUGCUGCAGCUCUCGGAGCAGCUCUACGGGCUGGACCACAACAGAGCCCGGCCCGGCGACAUCGCCCUCAACCCGCAGCACCUGGCGGGCCCCGACGAGACCGGCGACGAGCAGGACCGGUCCCCGCAGCCGCUCUACAAACACGUGAACGAGGAGCUCUUCUCCAAGCCCACCUACGCCAGCUUCAUCAGGCUGCUGGAUAAUUACCAGAGGGCCACGGGCAGGGAGGAGGAGGUGACGGCCGAGGAGCUGCGGGAGCAGGAGCGGUUCCUCGAGGAGGUGAUGAAAACGGAGCUCAUGAAGAAACUCUUUGAGUUCCUGCAGGGAAAAAACCGCUACAGCUCCGAGCAGGAGUUCCUGCAGGACCUCCAGCAGAUGUGGUUCGGUCUCUACUCGCGAGGGGACGGAGAGCGCGAUUCCAGCGGCUUCGAGCACGUGUUCUCAGGGGAGGUGAAGAAGGGAAAGGUGUCCGGAUUUCACAACUGGAUCCGCUUCUACCUCCUGGAAAAGCAGGGCGUCGUCAACUACUUCAGCCACAACUUCAACGGGCCGUGGGACACGUACCCCGACGUGCUGGGGCUGCAGUUCAGCUGGGACGGCUUCUACAAGGAGGUGGGCUCGGCUUUCAUCGGCUGCAGCCCCGAGUUCGAGUUCGGCCUCUACUCCCUCUGCUUCCUCGCGCGGCCCGGCCGGGCGUGCCACCUGAGCCUGGGCGGGCACCGCCUCAGCGUGCAGACCUACCCCUGGACCAAGUCCACCUACGGCAGCGGCAGGAGGUUCAUCGCCACCGCCUACGUGAUGUCACCCUGAGGGGCGAUGUCACCCUGAGGGGGGCGCGGCUGGGGGGCCAGCUCUGGGGUCGCCCCCGCGCUGCUCGGGGCGCUCCGGCCGCGGGACGGGAGCCCCACGCCGCGGGCCCGGCCCGGGAGGGCUCCGGGAGGGGCGGCGGGGGCCGAACCCUGCGGGGAGGGGACGAGGGGACGCCCCCAGACCCCGCCGCGUGUGGCGGGCCCGGGCUCGGAGGAGGAGCGGCGGGAAGGGAAGGAUUUGGCACGGAAAGGAGGAUCCUGAGCGGAAUAAACACUGCCCUGGCUGGAGGAGCGCUGGGUUCCGGGUGUCCCUGCAGCA